UCAAAAAAUAAAAAAAUAAAAAAUUGACAAUAUGGGCAUUUUACAAGAAGGCUUCCCUCAAUCACAAAGAAAUUUCUAACCAAAACCAUGAAACCAGAAAAAUGGGUCUUCAAUGCAAGAUUAUUGCCUCUGUUUCUUUUCUUUGGACUUUGCAAUUCCACUGACACCAUGACUUCAACCCAACCCAUCAAAGACGGUGACCUCCUAGUCUCCAAUGGUGAGACCUUCGCACUUGGAUUUUUUAGUCCGGGAAAUGGAACGUCCAAUCGUAGGUAUGUUGGAAUAUGGUACUACAAGAUCUCCGAACAAACUGUUGUUUGGGUUGCCAAUCGAGACAACCCAAUCAAUGGUAUGUUCGGAGCACUGGCUAUCGACCAAGAUGGAAACCUUGUCAUCUACGAUGACAAUUCCCAAAAUAUUGUUACUAAAACAUUUUGGCAGACAAAUGUUUCGGCAAGCAGUUCUAAUUCAGCUCGGCUCUUGGAUUCAGGUAAUUUGGUGUUGUUUCAAGGAGGUGAUGAUACCAAUGGAAGUAGUAGUACUAGCAGUGUUAUUGCGUGGCAAAGUUUUGAUUAUCCUACGCAUACUAUGCUACCAAACAUGAAACUUGGGCUAGAUCGGAGGACCGGUUUAAACCGGUUCUUGACAUCUUGGAAGUCACACGAUGACCCUGGCACUGGGGAGUAUUCCUUCCGGAGGGACACCCGUGGGUUGCCCCAGUCAUUCGUGCUCAAGGGCUCGGCCCGAAUUUGGCGAACCGGGCCAUGGAUUGGUAACAAAUGGAGUGGUACACCAAAGUUAAUUAAUUACAUAUUCAAUGUCAGUUAUAUUGACAACAACGAAGAGUUUUCUGUGAUGUAUAGUCUCAUUAAUGCCUCAGUCAUGUCGAUGAUGUUCUUGGAUGAAUUUGGGUAUUUACAACGGUAUACGUGGCAUGAGGACAAGGCUGUCUGGUUCAUGUCAGCCCCGAAGGAACCAUGUGAUUUUUACGGACGAUGUGGUCCUUAUGGUAAUUGUGACCCGAACAAUGGGGAAAAGUUUGACUGCACGUGCCUCCCGGGAUAUGAGCCCAGGUCAGCACGUGACUGUUAUUUGGAAGAUGGGUCAGCCGGAUGCAGGAGGAAACGUGGCGGGACAAUUUCCAUGUGUAAUAAUGGUGAAGGGUUCGUUAAGGUUGCACGUGUAAAGGUUCCUGACACCUCGGAGGUGGCACAUUCUGAUGUCAACCUGAGCAAGGAAGUAUGUGAAGACAAGUGUUUGAGAAAUUGUUCAUGCUCGGCUUACAUUAGUGACGGAGGCAUUUGCAUCACAUGGUAUGGGAAUUUGAUGGAUACUAGAGUGUUCUCUAAUGGCGGAUCGGACUUGUACGUACGGGUGGAUGCAGUCGAAUUAGCUCAACAAUAUACAAAGAAGCCCAGAAGUUUACAUGGAAAGGUAGUGGCCAUUGUGGUGACAUCUAUUGUGGUCAUGUCGCUUCUGAUUAUGAUCCCCUUGGUGUGUUGGUUGGUGAUUAGAAAGAGAAGAAGAGGAGACGACAUUCAAAUCAGUGAUGAAGAAAAAGUAGAAUUAUCCAUCUUUGAUAUGGUCACCAUUAGCAAGGCAACUAACAAGUUUUGUGAUGCAAAUAAAAUUGGAGAAGGUGCUUUUGGGCCUGUUUACAAGGUAAGUUUAUUCCAUUCAUACACUAGCUAUUUUAGUGGACAAAUGAAAUCCUUCACAAGGAAAACAUACUAUAAUCUUUCUCAUGAUGAUCAAACUAAAUCUUUAUAUUGUUUAUCAUAGGGCCUGCUAUCAACGGGAAAGGAAAUAGCUGUCA